UACAAACGGUUCGUCGUAAAAACGAUAAAAACGCAUCUCUACCGACGACAACGUUGCUAAUAUUCCUCUCCUGGUUGUUGUUUUAAAAAGUAUCUGUGUGUUUGAUUACAUGAGUUUAAGUAAAUGUGUGUGCAUGAGUGUAACUGGCGCCCUAAUAGUGAAACAUUAAAACAGAAAUAAAGUGAGAAAACUAAAAGAGUACAUUUCGUCUUUGACUCCAUACGAAUGAGUGAUAAUUGUAAAUUAAACUCAAUAGUUUACAGUAAAAUCAAACAACUCAAUUUACCAAAACAAGAGAGUUAAGCAAUAAACGAAAGAGAUAGCUAACUAAACUCAAUCCUCUAUAAAACGCCAAUAAGUAAAAGAGAUAGAAAUAUCUAGAGGCCACGAAAAAAGUCAAUAACUCUGCUAGAGUAAAAAUUUUACUCAUUUACCUAAAUAUACUACUGAAAAGUAUAUAGAAAAAAUAUACAAACAGUGAGUGGUGUGUACUGUGUUCAGUUAGGUAGACAAACUAUAUAUAAAAAAUGCUACUUAUAUACUAAAUAUGCAGUACAUAAGAUACAGGCAAAAAAGCCAUUUAACUGAGCAUAUGUAUCUGCUGGCGAGCAUAUUAACUCAAUGCUAAGAAGCAUUUCAACGCGAAACGUUGAAUUGAAAAGACGUGUACCGGAAAAUUUUUACGAAAACUGGAUUAAAAAAAAUAAUUAAUUAAGAAAAAAUUAAAUGUUUAUAUGAAAAAAAAAAACAAGUUUUUGAAUAAAAAAAAAUUACUUCCCCCAAAAUAUAAAAAUUAUUAAUAAUAUUGCAAUGCAUUCGUGUAAGAGUGUGUGAUAUUUUACAAAAAGAGAAAAGAAGUUGAGAAAAAUUUUACGAAAUAACGUUGAAAACAAAAUUGAUAAUAAAUAUCUCAGCUUGUAGUGAAAACAAGCUAAAGAAUAAAUAAACAGCAGCGUGAUAUACAUACAGUUACACAAAUACAACAACAACAAAAUAAUGUAGAAAUAACAAACAAAAAAGGAAUAUAAAAUAAAUACAUGAAAAAAAGAAAUAUAAUCACAAAAAAAGAGAAAAUCUCUGUAAAGAAGUGGAAAAAAAUUUAUACAAAAUAAAUUACAUAUUGUGAAAGUUUUUUAAUAAAAUAAAAAACAAAGUGUUUUAAAAUUAAACUACAAAAAAACAAAAUCAUAAUUUGGAUUACUUUACACACACUUUUUGGAUUACCCUUUAAAAUAUUGGAUUAAACACGCUAAAAACAUGGAUUUAAAUUAUUGGAUUAUUAUUUUAAAUUUAUUAUCCCUAAAUUUAAAGCCUUAAAAAUAUCAAAUUACUUUUUGUGGGCCUAAAACAAAACAAAAGAGCAAAAAAAAGAAACCCAAAGUAAGGAAGACAUAACAAAAAAAAAAAAAAAAACAACAAAUUAUGUCCCCUGUACCGCUACCUGUGACAAAUUCUGCCUCAAAAACACAAACAACUGCAACGACUAAAGUGGCAGAAGCAACAACAACCAUUUCAACUUUGCCAGUAAAACUAAAAACGGCAACAAUAACAGCAACAAACAUGGCGAAUUCCAAUACAACAUACAAGCAAAUGGAACAGCAAAACAAAAACAGCAGCAACAACAGUAAUAACAAUAACAAUGCGGCUGCUGUAACAAAUGUCAAUAAAACAAAAACACAAAAUCGUCAACAAUUGAAAGAAAUGUCAUCAUCAGCCUCUUCAACCUCAUCAUCUUCCUCUUAUUCCUGCUCCUCGUCAAGCUCUAAUGCCAAGAAUGUCAUAACAUCUCAAUGUGACAGCAGCAGCAGCAACAGUAAUAAUGACAACAAAAGCAUUAAAAACGAAUCCAAUCAAUCCUGUGAUACUGUCAUUAAAACCGAAUUAGAGUCAAACGAUCAACAACAUCAUCAGUUGUUGGCCAAUGAUAAUGGCCAAGAUGAAAUGGAGAACAAUGAUUUGCAAUUGUCGGCAAUGCGCCAACGACCCAUUUUAAUGAGUUCCGUUAAUUCGCACAUCAUUUGCAGCCUGUGUUUUGGUUACUUGAUUGACGCCACAACUAUUGUGGAGUGUUUGCAUUCAUUUUGCCAUAGUUGUUUAAUCAAACACUUGAGAACGGAGCAGUAUUGUCCGCGUUGUGAAAUGAUGAUAAAUACCGCAAAACCCAAUAUAAAGCCCGAUACAACAUUGCAAGCUAUUGUUUAUAAACUGGUGCCGGGUCUAUAUGAAAAGGAAUUAAUGCGCAAGCGUGCCUUUUAUAAAGAUCGUCCAGAAGAAGCCGCCUUAGCCACACCAGAACAAAGAGGUGACGAUACUGAACAUUUAAUAUUCAGUCCCUCGGAUUAUAUGUCCAUCUCUUUGGAAUAUGCGGAUAUAGAUGAGCACAUGAAAUCGAACGCUGAAUAUAGUGAAUUAUUAAAACCCCGUUAUCUCCAGUGCCCGGCCAUGUGUACCGUAGCCCAUUUGAAAAAGUUAGUCUAUGGUAAAUUCGAAAUUAAUUGCAAUCGUUUUACCAUUGAUAUCAUGUAUAAAGUGAAAACUAUAGUUUUACUUGAUCAUUACACCCUUAUGGAUGUAGCCUAUAUAUACACGUGGAAAAGAGAUGCUCCCAUGCGUUUUUAUUUCCGCGUCAAACAAUCGCCGAAACCCUUGAUAAGAGUUAAGAAAAAUCUCUUAACGCAGCCUAAGAAAGAAAUUGUGCCUGUAGUGGAGGAACCAAAAUUACAUUCCCAAGCCAUGUGUAUAGUGCAUGAGCCCACACCCUCCCUAGCGGCCCCGGUUAGCAGUAAUAAAAUACUUGAGCCCGAGGAAAUCAAGCAAGAAAAUGAGUCAGAAGUAUCCUCUACCACAGAAAUCCCCCCACCAUCGGUGCCAGAACAAAAACAAUUUGAAAUUGUACAACCUCAAAGUCCUUCGAUUAGUUCGCAUGAGACUUCUCUUACCGAUAAGCUGAAAAUUACCCUGGUGAAUAAAGCUGUAAAGGAUAAGUCGUCUUAUAGCGAUGUCAAUUCACCGGCUCGUGUUAAAGUGAUGAAGGAGAAAAAAGACAAUCACAAAACUUCUCCUUCCACUUCGUCACAGAAAGACGAACGUAAAGUGGAAAAUAUUAAGCUUAAAAUAGAUCUGUCAAAACAAAAUAGUGUUACAAUUAUCAACAUGUCAGAUCCCGAGCGCAAGGAGAUAGUUAAGCCUGUUAAGCCCGAAAAAGAAUGGAAAGUUAAGACUAAAAAGGACAAAGAUAGUAGUCCAAAGUCUUCUCCAAAAUCUUCACCUCAUAGUGAGCGUAAGAGCAAGACUCCCAGCCCUCUAACAGUGCCUCCACUCACCAUUAAGGCAGAACGCAUUAGUCCUUUAGCAAAAACAAAUUUACCCAGCCCUUUAGAAGAAGAGGAUAAGAAAUCGCAAUUUUUGAAAUCCUUCGCUUUGACACCCACUAAAAACAUAAAAACCGAGAAAUUGGAAACAAAACCUUCCAAAACUUCACUCAAAGAAUUUACCCACAGUAUUGUAAAUAAAACUAUUGCCAAGGAUCCUUUGCAAAUAUCUUCGUCUUCGAAACGCAAAAGCAAAGAGCCUGUUAAAGCUGUUGUAAAGAAACCCAAAUUAUCACCACCAUUGGCAACAGAAGAUUUUAAAAUCAAAUUGCCUCCAAUAGUGAAUACUAAGCCCUCGUCGCCUUCCACCAACAAAUCCUUAAUGCCUCCACCUCCCGCAGUAACAGCCAUGAAACCACCCGCAGCUUUACCCAAGAAGUUACAGAAAUCACAACAAUCGAAAGUAACUGCAGCUCCACCUGGCUCGUUAACACCACAUCCAAUGCAUGGUGGCAAUACUGGCAUACAACUGGCGGCUCCUGGCAGUCGUACACCCAUUGCUAAAAGAUUCCAACCAAUUUUGCCUAAAACUCCACGGAUUAAUCCAUUCGCUAAUAUACCCAGCGAUGUCAAUAAGAUUCUAAAAGAUGCUGGCACAGAGAUCAAAACAAUUCCAAAGGAACCUGUCUCUUCUAAAGUAUAUGGACCUAAAACUGAUGCUGCCCCUGUAAUGGGGCCUCCAUCUAUGCCAGCACCUCCCCCGAAAACUCCAAAUCCUACAAAUGCUACUUCAAAUGCCAGAAACAAUGUCAAUGUUUCCUCUUCAUCUUCGUCUGCUAAGUCGGGAGCUGGUAGCAAAAAUAACAGUUAUUUGAACUUGGCCUUAUUCAAUGCCUCCAAAUCAAAGGGUAACGAAGUGCCACCUGGUUGCCGUACGCCCAUGUACACACCAAAUUCACCCAUCUACUCGCCUAGCUCACCUCAAUAUGUGCCUAAUUACAACAUUCCUACCAUGCCCACAUACAAAUACACCCCAAAACCAAGUAACACUGGUAGUUCGUACUUACAAAAUGUGUUAGGCUCAAACAAUCAAAUGUCUAGCCUCUUCCCCAGCCCACCAGUUAAAAAGGAUACAAACUCCAGUGGCAACAAUAGCAAUAACAAUCCUACGAAUUUGACUAACAAUCGCAGUGAAUCUCAAGCACCUAAGCGUGUCUAUUCCUUUGCCAGAAGUCCAAGUCCAGUUGAAGAUCCUCCCGAAAAGCAAUUGAAGGUUAAGUCUUUGUUGAAUUCCUGUAAUAUCAACAUACCCUCUUCGCUGUCCAUUACAAUUACGCGAGAAGACGGAGAAACUUCAUGCAAUGGUGCUACAUAUCCCAAACACAAGAGUCCAGUAAACAACUAUAUAGAGAUUCUCAAAUUGCCUGAUCAGACAGCCGAUAACACGGAUACCAAGCGCCUAUCGCCUCCAAUUCAGAACACAAACAAUUCUCUUUUCCCUAAUCCGCCAGUUAGGAGGGUAGCAACACCACCUCUAAACACAGUAAAACAGAACAACAAUUCACCCCAACAAAAUGGAAACAACACUAAACAAUCUCCUCCUGCAGCAGUACCACAAAACUUGGUAAAUCAUAAGACGUCUUCAAAUAACAUGCCCCCUAACAUAAACUUAUUGACAAAGAAUCAAAAUGUUUCUAAUAAAUCCCCUGUGGCGGCAGCAAACAACAAAUCUCCGGCCAACCCUCAAAAGUCUCCCAUCAAUGCAAAUGACAAGAAGACUCCAAGCCCCGAGAAACGUCCAAAUCCUUCACUAACCGAACAAAAAUCACCCAAUGGAGGCGACAACUCGGCCAGCAAAAAGUUCAGACACAUAUUACCCCGUCAAAUUGCAGCUAUUAAUACACAGCCCGAGGUGAAUCCAACGAAGUCGACCAAUAACACGGGUAAUGUCAUUGGCACUUACUCUUCACCCACCGGCAUUAAUGUCAAAAUACAUUCCAACAACAAAAAGGUACAACCUUGUAAAAAAUCCCCUGGAGCACAUGCUGCCGGAGCAACAAGCAAACAACAGCCCCAAGCUCCAAAUGCUGCUCACAAUGGCCUCAAAGCCCCAACAAAAUCGCCACAAACUUCAAAAAGCAAUAACAGCAAAACAACUUCACCGCCAGUUUUAAAUGCCAACAAUGCAAGUAAGUUGUCUCCAACCCCAAAUAUGCCAACGCUACCACCCACCCUUCCACCUGGUCUUACACAUCCCAUGCAAUCAAUGCUACCUCCACACUUGGCAGCUGCGGCUGCCUGUCAAAAUGCUGCUGCCGGCCAAGCGGAGUUAAGUAAAUUGCUCAAGGAAAAUCUAUUGAGGGCUCAAGUUCAAGCGGCCGUUGCUAAUCAAUCAAAUAUAUUUUAUCCAUAUGCUGCCAAUGCGGCUGCUGCUGCACAAUUGGGCCAAUUCAAUCCCACCAUGUACAACUACCAACAGGCUUACAUCAUGGAUCAGUUAUCACGCAUGCAGAGAGCUGGCAACGAGGCGUUCUCCGAAUACAUGCAAAAAUUAAAGAACAGCAUGGAUGCCAAUAAACCCCCCGCCGAGAUGCUUACACAACCUCAACAACAGCAGCAACAUCCAACAAAACCAAUGCAAAGCACCAAGAAAUUGUCUAGUCCCAAAUCACUAACCGGCCCCAAUAAUCCCCCCAACUCCGUUUCAGCUACAGCCAUAACAAAUCCCACAAAAGACUUUCAAGCUGCAAAAACAAAGUGAAGUUAUUUCCCAAACAAAACAACAACAAUUUGGGAAAACUUGAACUUGAAUAUAAGCUACAAAAAAAAAAGGAAUCAAAUUCCUUUGAAAACACUUAUUUAAAAUUUAUUCAAAUACAAAAAUGUUUCCUUAAUUUUAAAAUUAUUUUGUAUGUAAGUGUUAUUUAUUUAAAAAAAAAAAGAUAUUGUUUUUGUUUUUAAAAUACAUUUGAUUAUUUUAACAAUUGUUUCAGUUUAAUAAGUUCAGCAGUUUAUUUGAAAACAAUUUUAGUUUCAUUUUACUAAAUUUUAUUAAUUAAGGUUGAAAAAACAAAAGUAUUAUUAAUGUAAAUAGCAACAGAAGUGUACAAAAUGUCUGUAAAUAUUUAAAGAAUGAAAUUUUAUUAUUCUAAUAUUUAAGAUUAAGUUUUAAGGAAAACAAUUGAAUUAUUCAAUAUACAUAUAUUAAA